GGCUUGUUGCCGGCUGGGAAGAAGCGCUCGGUGCGCGCGCCCGCCCGCUGUGGAGCUGGUCCSUGGCGCGGAGCAGGCGAGUCUUCCACCUCCUCCCGCUCCCCCGCCCCUUCUCCCCGCGCUUUGUUGGUGCCUCUCCUGGGAGAGCGGCGGCGGCUGCGGCCGGCGGCGAUGCCCGAGUUCCUGGCGGAUCCGUCGGUGCUGACCAAGGAGAAGCUGAAGAGCGAGCUGAUCGCUAACAAUGUGAGCCUUCCGGGCGGCGAGCAGCGCAAGGACGUGUACGUGCAGCUCUACCUGCAGCACCUUACCGCCCGCAACCCGCCCGCCCUCGCGCAGCCCGACUUUUCCAGCGACGAGGAGCGUGAGCCCACACCUCUGGGCGCCCGGAGCCGCGGCGCUGCCGCCGUCGGGCGGAAAGCUACAAAGAAAACUGACAAACCCAGACCAGAGGAGAAGGAUGAUCAAGAUGUAACAGAGAUGAGUAAUGAAGACCUUCAAGAGCAACUUAUGAAGUAUGGAGUAAAUCCGGGCCCGAUUGUAGCUACUACUAGGAAACUUUAUGAGAAAAAGCUUUUGAAACUGAUGGAACAAGGUCCUGAACWGAAGGCACCUGUGGCUCUCCCAGCAAUUUCAGCUACUGAGAACACCAGACAGAAUGGAAACAAUGAUUCUGACCAGUACAGUGACAAUGAAGAAGAUCCGAAGACUGAGCUGAGGCUUGAGAAGAGAGAACCUCUGAAAGCCAGGACGAAGACACCAGUAACACUCAAACAAAAAAGAGUUGUUGAACACAACCAGACCUUUUCUCAAGAUGGAGUUACUGAGACUGUCUGGACAAGUGGAUCUUCAAAAAGUGGACCUCUGCAGGCAUUUUCUAGGGAGUCUACAAGAGUGUCAAGAAGAGCACCAAGAAAAAGGGUGGAAGCUACAGCACAGUUGCCURUAGAUGAUGCUGUAAUAUCAGAGAGUACUCCCAUAGCUGAAACUAAAUUGACUGCAAGCAACGAGACCCUAGUUGUCAAUAGGGUGCCUGGAAAUUUCAAGCAUGCAGCUCCUACACUGUCAGUCAGUGAACUCUCAGACAUGCCCAGAAGAACACCAAAGAAACCACUGAUGACAGCUGAAGUGCUGGAGAGAACAGAAGAAAGAAGAGUAGAAAGGGAUAUUCUUAAAGAAAUGUUCCCUUAUGAAGUAUCAACACCUACAGGAAUUAGUGCUAGCUGCCGUAGACCAAUCAAAGGAGCUGCAAGCCGGCCUCUAGAGCACAGUGACUUCAUAAUGGAGGAAAGUUUCUCUAAGUAUGCGCAAAAAUAUGGUACCUCGGCUGACAUCAAGUCGGAGAAGCCACCAAUCAAAAAAGAACACUCAGUUCCCCUGUGGAUAAAAGUUCUUCUCUUUGUUGUUGUUUCAGUCUUCAUGUUUUUGGUUUAUCAGUCAAUGGAAACUAAUCAAGGAAAUCCUUUCUCUAAAUACCUGAGAAUGGUCACUCCGAGCAGUGCCAAUUGAAUAUCUUUCUGAAAGGCACACCCAAUUUGAUCUCCUGUUUUUAAUUGUAGAGAACUCUUCUGCCCUCUCAUCGGCUCAAGGACUUCUUACAAAUAAUGUGAUUGGAACCUGAUAAAUUGGAUAAAUGAAGAAAGAUAAUAUUAAAUGGACAUCAGUAACUUUCUGGACUUUGGACUAGUAGGAGAUCACUGCCAUAGGAGUAACAUUUUUUUAAAUCUUUGAACUUUUUGUAGGCUUUAUUUUUUUAAUGUGGACAUCCUUUAAAUUCACUUUUGAGAAAAUGUAUAUUUGUUUUGCAAGAACUUGGAAGCUGAGAAGGGCAAAAAUGUAGUAAAAUGUGAAGCUGUGUUUUUAAAGCUUUUCCUUUGUACAGAAAAGAAGUUGUACUUCUGUCUCUAGAUAAUAGUGGAGAAGGAUUUUAACAUGGGAUAAAGGGAAGUGCAUUUCUGUAUGCAUUUUUUCAGUAACAAUAUAACUGAAUUUGAUCUCUUAGGAUGUAGAGCGAGUACAACAGCAACCUUUUCUGUAGAUUACUGUAACUUUUUAGUAAAUGUAACUGUAAACCUGUUUGCAUUUCUGUAAAAGUCUUAGUAUCAUAUUAGUAACUCCGUUUAAGUGUAACUUCAUUUAAAUGUAUCCCUUCAUUUUAGUGCUUACAGUGUUGUAGGAGCUGAAUACAAAUCUAAUUGGCAAGAGAUGUCUUAGAGGAACUUAUUUAUUAGUAAUGUGUGGGAAAUAAAAACUACAUCAUAAUA